AUGGCAAUGUGCUUUAUGCUAAAAAGGGGUGCCAAUGCUUCAUGGGUCUGGUCAAGUAUCUUGGAGGGUCUAAAUGUUAUUAACCAGGGCAUGCAAUGGCAAGUGAUUAAUGGAGAAAGUGUUAGGCUAUGGCAUGACUGUUGGAUUCAUCCUAUUCAGGUGUUCGAUUAUCCGGCCAUCUAUCGGUUGAUUUAG